AUGUAUACAGCAGACAUACUCAUCCCCUACGCUUUUGUGCGCCUCUUCAUCGGUAAAGACCAGCCGGAGAUCGGAAAUGCGCACGGGUGGCCGAUCCAGGUGUCCCCGACCGUGACCGGGUGGGCGCAGCACGAGAUCGUCAACUACCUCGUUGAGGGCAAUGACUUUUACUCGGGGCUCUACAAAUAUGCGGGCACUUGGUAUGAGACGAGCUUAGUGAAUGCGGAGUGGAUGUGGUCGUCUAUUGGUGAGGCCAAGCAGACUCAGGACGGGUAUACGUAUACCUGGGUGGUUCCGCUUGGGGGCACGGAUGCUGUUGCCAAGGAGUAUGUCGUGCAGGGGCAAGGGUAUGCUCCGAUUAGUAAUGUUUUCAAGGGGAGCCUGAGGCAGAUAGGGUCACCUUUUUGA